ACUUAACGCUACCUACCAGAAUUUCUGACGAGUCUGAUAAGUGGAAAAGAAUUCGAUGCGAUGAAGUUUCUCAAGAUAUUGAGAAUUUCUAUGAGGAUAUUAUCAAGCAAAUUUCAUGUCAUAAUAACAAUGAUGCAAUACCCAUCAUUAUUGAUACAAUGUUGAAUUCAAAAUGUUGUGCCAGAUGCAUUUUUAGGUUCUUAAAUGUCCAUGAUUAUAACAUCUAUUCUGCAUCGGAAGAAGCUUUACUCAGGCUUAUCAGUCGCAUUCGUGAAGAUUCACUCAAAUUGAUCGAUCCUAAAUUAAUUUCAUCUAUAAAACAUUCUUUUACUGAAAUAGUUUCAUGUGAACCUCAAGAUAAACCUAUUUGCGUUACAUGUUUCGACCUACUUUAUCAAGCGGAUACUAUUGAGUGUGUUUGGCCAAUUUACCAAAGCAUUUUAGCUCAUAAUUUCGAUGUGAAAGAUUUUAAUCUAUCUAUUACUAUGCCUAUUGGUAUAUUGGUAAAUAAUCAUUCAAUGGUAGUUUGGAUUCGAAAAAUGUGCCAUGAUUUAAAAGUCCAAUGCUCUUUGACUAAAUUAAUGGACUUGAAAGAAAUUUUCAAGCCAUUAUUAGGUUGGGGUAUUGAAAAACAAACAGGAUUGGAAUAUAAAGGUCAAAGCCAAUUUAACAUAUCUAUAGAAUAUUAUCAUGAAGAAACGCAGAGAAUUCACAUGUUUCUGACAAAAAUACCCUCUGCUGGAUUUGGAAUUAAAAAGACUCGUGUUAAAGGCAAACAUAUUCGGACGGGAGGUUCACGUCCAAACAUAAUUAACGCUUUACAAAAAGUAUCAGAUGAAGAAUUUUUAAAAAUGUGUAACAAUUGUCCACCAUCUGUGAAAGAACGAUGGAAGCAUAAACCACCAAUAUUGGAGCACGCAACUGUUUAUGUUGGGGGGAGGUAUAAUAAAUUUUCACGAGAUAUUAGUCAAACCCCAUGGAUUAUCAAUGGCGUUAAAUUGGCACCAACUUCUGUUUCCGAAUGCAUUGGAGAAAAAAUACGCGAAUUACUUAGGUGUGAUGAUUAUAAUUUUGUGCCAGCAGGUCGGGAGGAUUCUAAUGUGCGUAUGUUGGGUAGUGGUAGACCAUUUUUCAUGGAGAUAAUCAAUCCCCGGAAUCCAUUUCCAUCUCAAGAAGCUCUAAAUGCUGUACAAGAAGAAAUAAAUAAGGAAAUAACAUCUGAAAUAAUUGACGAGAUAAACAAGCUUCGUGAAGGAUUUAUUAUCGAACAGCAAACACCAAUUCGAGUUUUACAUAGACGUUCACCAGCAGUACGUACUAAAAAGAUACAUUAUAUUUUUGCUGAACAAAUGGAAGAUAAUUUUCUAACCUUAAAAAUGAAAACUGAAGCUGGAACAUAUAUUAAAGAAUUUAUCCACGGAGAUUUGGGAAGAACUGUUCCAAAUUUUGGGGAUAUGAUCGGAUGUCAUGCAGAUAUUUUAGCUUUGGAUGUUUUAGAAGUUGAUUUGGAAUGGCCAACUCAAUGA